AUGUCGAGGGAUCACUUGACCGACCCCGAUGAAGUCCCUGCCGAGGGACGGUUCUUCAUGGGGGCGCCGACCAAGCACCCCUCGCGUAAUGAGCCAAGGGCAAACGAUCCUGCCAUGACCUCAGAACGUUAUUGGCGUUUGUUCAAUGACCCGGGCCUACUUCCCGCCGAGGGCGCCCCGAGUGUCCCCUCGCCCGUGUCAUCCGAAGCCUUUCAGGACCUCGCCCUUCAAGUCCGGGCCUUGGCAGGAAUGGUGCAGACGAAAGAGGUCCGAACCUCAAAGGGGGAGCCUGGGGACGAGGCGCGCCGAGGGUCACCAUUCGCGGUCGAAAUACGGGAUCACCCGAUCCCCGCGAACUUUCGACUCCCCUCCCUGGACGCCUAUGAUGGCACCACCGACCCCGCCAACCACGUGGCCGCCUUUCGGGCUCAGAUGGCGUUAUACGGAACAUUUGACGCUCUGAUGUGCAGGGCGUUUCCCACGACCCUGAGAGGCUCGGCCCGCGCUUGGUAUAACAGUUUGAAGACCGGGGAAAUCACCUCCUUCGACCAGCUCACCGAGAAGUUCGAGCUCAACUUCUUGGCCCUCGCUCGACCAAAGCCGUCCAUCGCCCUGCUCCUCGAGCUGAACCAAAAGGGGGACGAACCUCUCUCUCGUUUUGUGAACCGAUUCGCCACUGAAAUCCGAGGCUUAUCUGGUGCUCACCCCUCUUUAUUGAUGCAGGCAUUUAUGGCAGGUCUCCGUCCCUCCGCUGUCUCAGAAAUGCUCCAGCGAGCCAAUCACUACGUCGCGGCAGAAGCCUGGAUGUCCGGGAGACGCAAGGGAAAUAAAAGGCCCCGGACGGAACCACCGACUGGGCAGCUAGCUGGUUCGUUGAAACGUAGACCGGAUCGAUCCAACUCGACCGUACAGAGGUCACCCUCCCCUGCUUUGGUAAUAUCCCAAACUCAGAUAUUCCUCCAGAUACAAGGGAAGGGGCUGCUCCAAAACCCUCCCCCGAUGAGGAACCCCCGGCAACUCGCGGACAAAACGAGAUAUUGCCGCUUCCAUCGACAGAAUGGGCAUGACACGGAAGAGUGUCGCGAGCUGAAGCGACAGAUCGAGGAGCUAAUUCAAAGGGAGCAUCUUGGCCACUACAUACGGCAAAAUAAAGAGCUUUCGCCGUGA